UUCCCCGAGUCCAGGCUGCCAUAGCUGAUGUGGCAAACUUUUACUGGUGACCUUUUCUGUCUUUUUGCUUUCAAAUUUCAUUUUCAGCAAUCAUCAUCAUUCAUCACCAACUCCGAUUCAGUGGUUUCCAUCUAGAAACAUCCAUCUUCCCUGAAGCAGCUGCCGGCUGGUUUCUACCUGAUCAUCCAACUGCCACAGAAUUUCUCCUCCUACAGUAUUCGCCUUCAUCGUAACUAAUGCAUCCACUUCUACCAUAACCCCUGUCUCCUCUGGGUUUUAUUUCACUAGUCUCCUCCCCACCCUACUACAAUGCGCCUUUCACUUUCUCACUCUUCAUACUACCCAAACCCUAGCUACUCAGCAAAUUCAGCAAUUGGGAUAGUUUUUCUCACUGAUCAGUGAAUUUUAACUAAAAUUUUCGGCAAAUUUGGGUGAAUUAGAGGAAAUGUCUGGGCCGCCGCGAGUGAGAUCGAUGAACCAUGCCGAGUCGGAGGUCCGCCCGGUGCUCGGACCGGCGGGUAACAAGACGAGAUCGGCAUUGGAGCUAAGGAAGCCCGUGAGUAAGCCUAAGAUUAGUAGUGUGAACAAAAUGCAGGAAGGAGAGGAGAAGAAAUCUCCGGCCACUGUCACGAUGGAGAAGGAUUUGUCCCCGUCUCCGAAGAAGAAGUUUGGGGGAGCUUCAGCUGCGAUUAUGAGGCAGCAGCAGCAGCGGCAGGAGGUGAAGUCGUUUUUGAUGAGGUCGAAUUUGUCCAUGAAUGCUUCUUGUUCGUCGGACGCUUCGACGGAUUCUUCCCAAAGCCGGGCGUCGACAGGGAAAAUUAGUAGGAGAAGCUUGACGCCCACUCCGAUUAGACGGAAGCAACAACACUGUGGGCCAAAAGUUGAGAAAUUGGAGAAAGUUGGUUCUGAGGUUGACAGUGCAGCUGUUGUAGGACUAGCUGAUGAUUCUGUGGCUAAGAAAAGGUGUGCCUGGGUCACUCCAAAUACUGAUCCAUCCUAUGCUGCCUUCCACGAUGAAGAAUGGGGAGUGCCAGCUCAUGAAGAUAAGAAGCUUUUUGAAUUUCUCAGCCUAUCCACUGCAUUGGCUGAACUUCCAUGGCCCACCAUUCUCAAUAAAAGGCAUACAUUCAGAGAGGUCUUUCAGGACUUUGAUCCAGUUGCUGUCUCCAAAUUAAAUGAGAAGAAGAUAGCAACUCCAGGAAGCCCUGCUAGUUCGCUUCUAUCUGAGUUAAAGCUGCGUGCAAUUGUAGAAAAUGCACGCCAAGCUUGUAAAAUCAUUGAGGAAUUUGGGUCUUUUGAGAAAUAUAUAUGGGGUUUUGUCAAUUACAAGCCUAUAGUUGGUCAUUUUCGCUAUCCAAGGCAGGUUCCAAUUAAGACGUCAAAAGCUGAUGCAAUCAGCAAAGAUCUUGUAAGGAGAGGAUUUCGAGGAAUUGGACCUACGGUUGUCUACUCAUUCAUGCAAGUGGCUGGAAUCACGAAUGACCAUCUCAUAAGUUGCUUCAGAUUUAGGGAUUGUGUAGAUGUGGGUGAUGGCAGAAAUAAAGAUGAUGACCUCAUAGCCACCAUCGAAGGAAAACAAGCCGAGGAUUCAGCUGAAAGUGGAUUUGAGGAAAGACUAGAUGCAUUGAGCUUAUCAACAUUGUGACAUGUCAAGUUGAUAAAUGAUGUUGUGCAGUGUAUCCCGUGCUUGUGUGCUGUUGUGGGCUAAUGCAACAAUUUGUUUAUGUAUAAAUGAUAAUGAAUCAUUUUUGUUCAUUGCAUUGUAAAGUGCCAAUUAGAAUUUGGCUGCACACGACGAUGAUGUUCAAGGUAUCUGGGGUAUUCCUGUGAAUUGCGGCCGCCUUCUGUAUAGGCUUCAUGCUACGUGCUUGGCAUCAACUGCCAAUUGGCGACUUCCAGGACUGACCCUCUUCUUCAAUUUUGACGCCACUUUAGUAGCAA